AUUACAUCUUCUUCAGCCUCCUCGCGCUUCUUUCUCCCUGUGUCAGUCUCAGCAUCACCGCAGCCAUGGUUAAGCAUAAGCAUUACAGGCCUCCUGGAAAGAAAAAGGAAGGAAAUGCAGCGAGGUACAUCACUAGGUCACAAGCGGUCAAGCAACUUCAAGUCAGUCUACCCCUCUUCAGGAAACUGUGUAUUUUAAAGGGUGUUUUUCCUCGGGAGCCGAAGAAAAAGGUGAAAGGAAAUCACCAUACCUAUUAUCACUUGAAGGAUGUUUCAUUCAUUCAACACGAACCAUUGCUUGAGCGUUUGAGAGAGAUCAGGGCAUAUGAAAGAAAAGUAAAGAAAGCAGAUGCGAAGAAGAACCGGGAUCGUGCAAAUCUUCUCAGACAAAGGAGACCCACUUACAGAUUAGAUAAAAUUAUUUUGCAGAGGUAUCCAAAUUUCAUUGAUGCACUUAGAGAUUUGGAUGACUGUCUCACCAUGGUUCACCUCUUUGCAGCAUUACCUGCUAUAGAGGAAAGAAUUGAAGUGAAACGCAUACAUAACUGUCGAAGGCUGAGUCAUGAAUGGCAAGCUUAUAUAUCUCGGACUCAUAAAUUGCGCAAAGUCUUUGUAUCUGUCAAGGGCAUAUAUUAUCAGGCCGAGGUUAAGGGGCAAAAAGUCACAUGGUUGACCCCUCACCCCUUGCAGCAAGUUUUGACUGAGGAUAUUGACUUCAACAUCAUGCUAAACUUUUUGGAAUUUUAUGAGGCUCUUCUUGCAUUUGUGAAUUGUCAUUUAUAUCGUUCCAUAAAUGUGAAGUAUCCACCCAUUCUUGAUCCUCGAUUAGAAGCUUUAGCAGCUGAUCUUUAUGCACUAUCAAGAUACUUUGAUGCCAACUCUCAGUCCGCUGUGUUGGAUCCUCAAGCUUCAAGUUUGUCUGGAUCAGGGAAUGUUGAGAGCCAGCAGAUUGGGGAUUCAGUUAGUGAGUCUGAAUUAAGGCUUGCCCAACUUCAGCAUCAACUCCCUUCUAAUGAACCUGGUGCAUUAAUGCACCUUGUUAAAGAUGUUGCUGGCGAGGAAGAAGAGGAUGAUGAUACAAGAGAGUGUAAGAAACUCUUCAAGGAUAUGAAAUUUUUCUUGAACCGUGAGGUUUACAGAGAGUCGUUGCUUUUUGUUAUUCCUGCUUUUGGUGGCACUGUUUCUUGGGAAGGUGAUGGGGCUCCAUUUGAGGAAAAUGAUGAGAGCAUUACCCACCAGAUUGUUGACAGGCCAAUGCAUGGUCGUCAGAUCCUUGCCAGGGAAUAUGUUCAACCACAAUGGGUUUAUGAUUGUAUAAAUGCUCGGAUCAUUUUACCAACUGGGGGUUAUUUGGCGGGAAGGGAUCCUCCCCCACACUUGUCACCAUUUGUUGACAAUGAGGCAGAAGGUUACGUACCUGACUAUGCUGAGACCAUUAACCAAUGGAAGACUGCUGGCAGAAGUGAAGUCCUCCCCCUACCAGGUGUGGGAAAAGAAGAUUUGGAAGAUCCUCAGAAUUUACUGGCUGAAGGUGUAAUUGACCGAGCAAAAGCAAAAGAAGCUGUUGAGAAAAAGAAGAAGAUGAUGGCUCUUGAGAGGCAGUAUCAUGAUGAAUUGAAUAAGGAGCUUCAUGGCGUCCCACAUUCAUCAUCUGUCUCGAAUAUAGAUAAUCAUAUCUCUGGCAAGGAGACCGAGGAUAAGGAAGAAUUUGAUGAUGAUAGUGAAUUGGCUAAAUUGGUUUUGUCCGGUAAGCGGAGGGGUAAACUUGAAGCCGCGGAGAAAGGGAUAAAACGAAAGAAGGACCAUAUUGAUGUCAUCAGGGAACGGAAGAGAAAACUUAAAGAAUCUCAAAAAUCAAAGGAAGGUUAAGAUGCCUGAGAAAAUUACCUUGUAUGGUUUUGUUAUUGAGUUGCUGUUUCGGAGCGAGACUUGGUAGUGUGGCCAAGGAAAUUUUCUUGUUUGAUUUCGUUAUAGACUGCUGAUGUCUGUAAUAUCUGGUAAUGUUUGAACCUAUUGGAGCAUUUUCAAUACAAUCAUUUAUAUUUAUUGCCAA